GACUGAAGAGACGCCUCCUUAAAGCAAACUCCUCUGCUAGUAAUUUCUUUCAGUACUUUAGUGCCUUGGGUCUACUUCUGCACUUGUGCUAGUGAUUCAUAUAUAUUUUUUAAAAAGCCAUUGCACGGCAGAACUGCAGAAAACAAAUACCAUGUCUCGUAUGCUGAGCAGGGACCCGCUGGAUAUUGAGAACAUUUUGGCCUUGAAUCCCAGAACACCAACUCAUGCCUCCUUGUAUUCAACAACAGCCAAGAAGCAGUCUAAAAAGCUUUGGAAGCGGAACCCUGACAAAAGUUGCUCAAAAUGCGAGAAACUAGAAAACAAUUUUGAUGACAUCAAACAUACAACUCUUGGUGAAAGAGGAGCAUUGCGAGAAGCAAUGAGGUGCCUAAAAUGUGCAGAUGCUCCUUGCCAGAAGAGCUGCCCAACAAACUUAGAUAUCAAGUCAUUUAUCACAAGCAUUGCAAACAAGAAUUACUAUGGCGCUGCCAAAGCCAUUUUUUCUGAUAACCCACUUGGCUUGACGUGCGGUAUGGUAUGUCCAACGUCGGACCUCUGUGUUGGAGGAUGUAAUUUAUACGCAUCAGAAGAAGGACCAAUUAACAUAGGAGGACUUCAGCAGUUUGCAACUGAGAUUUUCAAAACUAUGAACAUUCCUCAGAUCAGAAAUCCAUUGCUUCCUUCAACCGAGGCCAUGCCAGCUCAAUACACGACUAAAAUUGCCCUUAUUGGUGCUGGACCAGCUAGUAUUAGCUGUGCUACCUUCUUAGCUCGGCUGGGAUAUUCAGAUAUUACUAUUUUUGAGAAGCAAACAUAUUUUGGAGGAUUAAGCACAUCAGAAAUCCCUCAGUUCCGCUUGCCAUAUGACGUUGUCAGUUUUGAAAUUGAGCUUAUGAAGGACCUCGGAGUUAAGGUAAUUGAGGGCAAGGGCCUGGGAAUGAAUGGAAUGAAUAUCAGAUCUUUGAAGGAAGAAGGUUUUAAAGCAAUAUUCAUUGGUAUAGGACUACCACAGCCAAAGAUAGAUGAUGUUUUCACUGGCCUCACAAUAGAACAUGGCUUUUAUACAUCCAAGGACUUCUUACCACUAGUAUCAAAAGCAAGCAAACAAGGUAUGUGUGCAUGCCACUCUCCACUUCCAUCCAUUAAAGGAGCAGUCAUUGUACUCGGUGCUGGAGAUACAGCAUUUGACUGUGCAACUUCUGCCUUGCGUUGUGGUGCUCGCAGGGUUUUUGUGGUGUUCAGAAAAGGAUUCACUAACAUACGGGCAGUUCCUGAAGAGGUGGAGCUGGCAAAAGAAGAAAAAUGUGAAUUCCUUCCUUUCCUCUCUCCUCGUAAAGUGACUUUAAAAGGUGGGAAAAUAAGUGGUAUGGAGUUUGUUCGUACAGAACAAGACGAUGAUGGAAACUGGAUUGAGGAUGAAGAUCAGAAAAUUCAGCUGAAAGCAGAAGUGGUUAUCAGUGCGUUUGGUUCUGUGCUAACAGAUUCUGCAGUUCUAGAAGCCAUGAUACCAAUCAAAUUCAACAGAUGGGGCCUUCCUGAAGCUGAUCCAGAGACAAUGCAAACCAGUGAAGCUGGAGUUUUUGUGGGUGGAGACAUUGCUGGCUUAGCAAAUACAACUGUGGAGUCAGUGAAUGAUGGAAAACAGGCAUCUUGGCAUAUGCACAAAUAUAUACAGUCUCUACAUGGAGUGUCUAUCAAUAACAAGCCUGAGCUUCCUUUGUUUAACACUCCAAUUGAUUUGGUUGAUAUAAGUGUGGAAAUGGUUGGGCUCAAAUUCCUAAAUCCUUUUGGCUUGGCGAGUGCUCCUCCAACAACAAGUGCCCCAAUGAUACGUAGAGCCUUUGAAGCAGGAUGGGGAUUUGCUCUCACCAAAACCUUCUCCCUUGAAAAGGAUAUAGUAACAAACGUAUCUCCGAGAAUCAUACGUGGAACUACCUCUGGCUCCAUAUAUGGCCCAGGUCAAGGAUCUUUCCUCAAUAUUGAACUUAUCAGUGAAAAGACCGCUGCAUACUGGUGUCAAAGCAUCACUGAGCUUAAAGCUGACUUUCCAAAGCAUAUUAUUAUUGCCAGCAUCAUGUGCAGCUACAACAAGGAUGACUGGACAGAGCUUUCUCUAAUGGCAGAGGCUUCUGGUGCCAAUGCUCUGGAGUUAAAUCUUUCUUGCCCCCAUGGAAUGGGAGAGAGGGGCAUGGGUCUGGCUUGUGGACAGGAUCCAGAGCUGGUACGAAACAUCUGCCGCUGGGUUAGACAAGCUGUCAAAAUUCCAUUCUUUGCAAAGCUGACCCCAAAUGUCACAGAUGUUGUGAAAAUUGCAAUGGCUGCACAGGAAGGUGGUGCAGAUGGGGUUACUGCAACAAAUACAGUUUCAGGUCUGAUGGGACUUAAAGCAGAUGCAACACCUUGGCCUGCAGUUGGAAGUGGGAGUAGGACCACAUAUGGUGGAGUGUCUGGAAAUGCCAUUAGGCCGAUUGCUCUAAGAGCUGUAUCUGCCAUUGCCCGUGCUCUUCCAGGAUUUCCCAUUUUAGCUACUGGUGGAAUUGAUUCAGCAGAAAGUGGCCUGCAGUUUCUUCACAGUGGAGCUUCAGUUUUACAGGUUUGCAGUGCAGUGCAAAAUCAAGACUUUACUGUGAUUGAAGACUAUUGCACAGGGCUGAAAGCACUCCUGUACCUCAAAAGUAUUGAUGAGCUUCAAGACUGGGAUGGGCAAAGUCCACCAACUAUUCGCCAUCAAAAAGGAAAGCCAGUACCUACAAUUGCAGAAAUCAAAGAAACGAAACUUCCAAGCUUUGGCCCAUUUUUGGAAAAACGCAAAAGAAUCUUAGCUGAAAAUAAAAUGAAUGAAUUAACCUCCAGCACAAGUCCUGCAUCAAAGGAGAAGACUCAUUUUGCGCCAAAGAAACCUGUUCCCUCAGUCAAGGAUGUCAUUGGAAGAGCUUUGCAAUACAUUGGAUCUUAUAGUCAAUUGAACAUACAAGAACAAGUUGUAGCCCUGAUUGAUGAGGAAAUGUGCAUAAACUGUGGCAAAUGCUACAUGACCUGCAAUGAUUCUGGUUACCAGGCGAUUGAGUUUGAUCCAGAGACUCACCUGCCGACAGUCACCGACACCUGCACUGGCUGCACCCUGUGUCUUAGCGUCUGUCCUAUAAUUGACUGCAUCAAAAUGGUUACCAGGACGAUUCCUUAUGUACCAAAGAGAGGCUUGCCCUUAACUGUUAAUCCAGUUUGUUGAGGUGAAUAGUUCAGCGGUUAAUGUGAACCUCAUGUAUACUGCUGCUGACUUAGUAUCUCAUUAUAGUACAUUAUGUGGAAUCAGAUCAUAAUAUAGAAAAAUAGUGGGUUUUUUUUUAAUUACACUUGUAUAUGGCAGCCAUAGCAAUGCAAGUAUCCUUCUGCAAUGGGCUCUAAUAUUUACAAAUCUUAUUAACUCUCUUUCAAUAUGGCCAUUACAUUGCGUGCCUUAAAGUAGAGCCCAUUGUUUCCUAAUUUUUACGACAUUAAAGCCGGUUAAUUCAGCACAAAUGAUAACAUAACAGAGCAAAUGUUUUAUAAUGCAAUUAAAGUGCCUUGUUUUUCCUUCUUCAUAUUUUCUUUUUAGUUAGAAACCGUGAGCCAUAAUUAGUGGCACUAAAAACAAAAAAUUAAGAGAAGAAUUACUGUUUGUAAACAGACGAUAGAUUUACAGUGGGGAUUUAACUCUGGAUUAAGUUCUUUGUGCAGAGCGUCCACUGACAAAACAUAAUGCAUUUCUUAAGCCCUAGUACAUUAAUGCUCAUAAUGGACACUGUAUAAUGCAUAACUAUUAACCCUUUAGAGCAGUCAGAAUUCACUGGAGAUUUUGUUUUUCAUGUUUGUACUUGAAGACAAAAAAAAUGCCUCUGCUUCAUUCCCUGUGCUGUUAAAUUGCAUUGGUUUUAUUCAAUUAACAUUAAAGGGAAUUACUGUCCUACAUACAAAAUUGCAAUAUCAAACUGCAGAGUAAUAGUCUUUCACCACUCAAAGGCCAUAACUUAAAGUUUGUUUUAGUGUAGGAGAUAUUUUAUUGAAUAUAUGUAUGUUUAUAGGAAUAUGAUGAAUAUAUAAGUACAUCAAUAGCUGCACGGUAUAGCCUGGGGAUCAAUAUGUGCCAUGUAAUCAAUGGAGUUUUUUCUCUUAUCAAUAUCUAUAUAAAAUUAUAAAAUAAUUAAAGUCUAUUAAGCCUUA